AUGAAAGUGUGGAGAGAUACACAUACGCGCAGACCUACAGACUAUCGGAACCGUUACGACAGCGCCUCUACAAGCGCCGUUGCGAGAUCCACCGAAGGUCGCCAGCGCUGUCUCAGCACAGGUGUGACGCCAUGCUGCAGCCACUUCAUAAACAUCGCGAAGCCUUAAAUAGUCGGGCAUCAACAAGCUCCUCCAAACAGCCUUUGCAGAUCCCUUCGCCUGAGCGCUGCCCGUCGUGGUCUCCUCGCAGAGCCUGCAGCCAAUUGCACACAGCGCCUCGUGCAACAGCCUCAAUCACUGCAUUGUCCAGCAACGAUGUUGUCGACUUCGGCAUUACUACUGGGCCUGGCAUUGGUGCUCUCCGCGAGGGGGGCGCUGCCGCAGGAGAAAUGCACCACCAGCCACUUCAGAUUCGCUUUAGUCUGUUCCAUAACGGUGCACCACACAGGAAGGCUGCCGAAGAACGUGGCCUCGAAUCUGACCGCCGAUAACCUGGAGAAACUGAAGAAGCAAGUGUGCCCGUGUCGGCCGCCGGAGAUAGGCUACUUCUGCCCGAGUUUCGUCACGAAGUUCAUCCAGUCGAACAAGUGCCCUUAGGAAUUUUCAGGACCCCCCCCCCCCACGCUCUAUCCGGAUUAUGCUCGCAAAGGAUGUUAUGAGGAGGCAGUGACAUAAAGCGCAGACGACCGCCAGCUUUGCGUUCGCUUGAUUGCUGUUCGUUAAGCGCCGCGAUGCUUAAACGAACGCAAGCGCUGGAGUACUCCGUCGCUAAAUGAGUUCGUUUGAGUAUUUCGGCGUUUAGACACGAACGGUGCUCAACGAACGCAGAGCCUUAGCUUGGGCAUUAUAUGGGACUUCUUCGUUUUAGAAUUGCUCAAGUGUGUGAUUGCCACUCGUCAUUCUAUAUGUUUUGUGAUAUAUAUCAAUAUGAUCAAAGGAAACAAAGUUGAAACCUCAUUGUCGAAGAUGUUUGGAAUUACGUUUCGAACACCCAAAGCAAGUGCCCGUUGUUGUUAAGGCAUAGGAGAGUUUCGGAGGUUUUUGCCAAUGGCUCAACAAUUCUUUCAAAAUGUAC